AUAAAAUUGGACUACCAAUUCCCAAUAAACAGUUAUUACAGUCGCGUCAGUCGUCCGAUUCGUCAGCUUGUAGUGAUUUUCCGAAACAGCUGUCAAGUCGAAUUGGCAAAUUCCUGAGGAAUACAAGGAACCGGCAAAAAUUCUGCACAAUAUGUGCCUAAAGGAAUCGGGUGCCUCCGAGGAGCUGAUACGUACUUGCAUGGACGGAACAAUCCACGAGGACCGAGGGGUCCAGUGUUACAUUCAUUGUCUCUUCGACAAGCUAAUGGUUAUCAAUGAAGAAACUGGACACAUACAUUUGGAUCGGUUGGCCAAGCUUGCCCCGAACACCGACAUGCAGGAAGCGUUUCACUUUCUGCACAAGGAGUGUGGCCAUAUAUUAACGGAGGACCACUGUUUGACGGCGUUCCAAGCAGCCAAAUGCUAUUUCGAUUCCCACGCGGAAGUAGUUAAAUUCUGUCAUCUGCUAGUGGCGGAUUUGGAAAUCUAAGCCUGUUUGCUGAUGAUGACCUACUUUCUUUUACCUUCUGGAGACUGCAAUGCUGAUUUAGAUUUAACAAUGUAACAUGUAGUACAGAACAUACAUACAGGACCACCUCGCAAUAUAAAAAUAAUAAAAAAAAUGAC